CUUCGCUGUCAAGAGUCCUGACAGGCUCCAAGCCGUGUUCUUUCCGAGUGGAUAAUGAGAGAAAUACGUUAAUUUGUAACUGAAAGUGAUAUGAUUUCUUCAAAAAUAAGGUAUUUGCGGAGAUACUCGAUCGCAUCGAAUAAACCAUUUUAUGUGACAACUCCAAUAUUCUACGUGAAUGCAGCCCCACACAUCGGUCACUUGUACUCGGCUGUAAUAGCAGAUGCAAUAUGUCGCUAUAACACUAUUAAAAACCCUAACAGACCAUCGAAAUUAACAACAGGAACUGAUGAGCAUGGAACAAAAAUACAACAAGCGGCAGCUAUUCAUAAAGUGCCCGUUAAAGAAUAUUGUGAUCGAAUAUCGGCCUCCUAUCAAGAAGUGUUCGAUUUAGCUCAUGUUAAGUAUUCAGACUAUAUUCGAACUACUGAGAGUCGACAUGUGAAAGCUGUUCAGCAUUUUUGGAAUCAACUAAAGGCAAAUGACAAAAUUUAUUCAACUACAUAUGGUGGGUGGUACUGCGUUUCAGAUGAAACUUUCCUCACGGAUAGUCAGCUGAAGGAGAAUCCUAAUGGGGUUAAGGUGUCUGCAGAGUCGGGCCAUUCGGUUGAAUGGACAGAGGAGGAAAACUACAUGUUUAAGUUGAGCAAGUUGCAAGAGGAUGUGCUUUACUGGAUCAAACAAGGUGACCGAAUUAAACCAUCCAAGUUUGAGAAAGUUCUUCUAGAUUACCUAAAUGAGCCCUUGCCAGAUGUAUCAAUAUCGAGACCCACUUCUAGAGUUCAUUGGGGAAUAAAAGUGCCUCAUGAUGAAUCUCAAACGAUAUAUGUAUGGUUGGAUGCCUUAGUCAACUAUUUGACUUCCGCCGGAUACCCUAAUUCAGACUUUACAAAAUCUUGGCCUGCUUCUCUACAUAUUGUAGGGAAAGAUAUUCUCAAGUUCCAUGGAAUUUAUUGGCCAGCAUUUUUGAUCGCGGCAGGUCUUGAACCUCCAGAGAGACUUUUAGUGCAUUCACAUUGGACUGUCGAUGGACAGAAAAUGUCUAAAAGCAAAUUUAACGUCGUGGAUCCUCUAGAAAGAUCACGACUAUAUACAAUGGAAGGGCUUCGUUAUUUCCUUUUACGAGAGGGUGUUCCACAUAGUGAUGGCAAUUACAGCGACAUUAAAGUGCUUCGGAUACUGAACUCUGAGCUAGCAGAUACUCUGGGUAAUCUGUUAUCAAGGGCUUGUGCCAAGUCUUUAAAUCCCCGCCAAGUAUUUCCUCGACUCCAUCCAGACCAAUUAAACGAGCUACUGAAGGAGGAUUGUACAAAACGAUUGAUAAAUGCCUUGAAGGAGCUCCCGGAUAAAUCCGCCCAGCAUUAUGACUCCUACAAUUUUUACCUCGUUGUCGACCAAGUUAUGGGUGUUUUGCAUGCGGCCAAUAAUUUCUUUGAGAGCACGAAACCCUGGGAAUUGAAAAGUUCCGCCACACCGCAACCGGCGGUUUCCCAAACGAACAUUACCAAGGAGCCGCAGCAGAAUAUUGAAAAUGGCCGGAAACUUGAAACUAUAAUCAUGCUUACGAUGGAAACGUUAAGGGUGUGCGCCAUAAUAUUGCAACCGAUUAUACCGGGAUUCAGUGAAAAAUUACUGGAUAAGCUGAACGUGGAUCAGGACGAAAGGUGUUGGUUACAUACCGUGAGCAAAGUAGGAAACGAGGGCACUCAGCUGGAUAAUGCGAACGUGUGGAGAGAGAGGAGUUUAGGAAGCGGCGCCACCGUACUAUUCCAGCGUAUUGUUUUGGAUACGGAUAAAACGAAAAAGUUGAAAAAAGUAUCAAAAACGUGAUUUUGAAAAGGAUUUGGUGUGUGUAGCCAUGGAAAAUGGCGAAAUACAAACGUUUUUGCAGGAAAAAGUUUGGAUUUUA